AUGCGUGAUAACGUGGUUAUAUGCCAGAAAUGUCGAGAAGGAAAGCAGAGGAAAAAAGAAUCAAAUACAAAAAGGACUGCAAGUGCAAGAAUGGCUUCAUUAGAUUCAAGAAAAAAACAAAAACAACUCUCCGCUUCCACCUCACAGCAUGGAUCGAUUGCUCAGCAAACAAUAGCUUCAAAUGAAGGUCUUCCCCAACAAAAUCCAGUUGCGUCUACUUCUAUCCAACAACAACAACGUAAAGACCAAGAAGAAGAAAUUGUAAAUCAAGAAGAAGAUUUAAUGCAAGGAUGUUCUCAUUUUUAUGAUAAUUUGGCUAGCAGAGAGAUUACUCCAAUAGAAAAGAAAAUUGAUAUAUCAACACAAACAGACACACCUCCUUCAUCUACCUCAAUUGUGGAAAAUAACUGUGUGGGCUAUUGCCCUUUUUGCUUGACAAAGUUACACAGGAACAACAGAAGACAUUUUUUUUCAAAAAACUGUAAACAUUUAAUGUUCUACAACAAAAUUUCAAACUGGAGUAACGUUUUUGAAACAAUUCAAAAUAUCAACAUUGACACAACACCAUUCAUAAAAACUUUAACAAAAAAAAGAGGAAGGAGUUCAGUAUAUCUUAUUCGGGAUGGAAUACAAUUACAAAAUUUAAUUUACAUUGGCGUCAGUAAAGACGUAAAAAGAAGAUUCAGCGAGGGACAUGAAGCUCGUAAACAAUUUGAGUUGCUUGAAAAUUUGGAAAAAGCAACCUUAUUUGAACAAAUAGAAAGUGACAAAGCUUUAUUAUUAGGUAGAGAUCUUCAAUAUAUUUUUUAUUUUACUUUUUAGAAUCUUUGUUAAUACUCUCCGACAACAAUACAAAUUUAAUCAAUAGCCAUCAAGAAUACAACAAUUUCCUCAGAUUUGUACAAUUCAAACCCUCUGGAAUAACAGAACAAGUUUU